GCGCGCCGGAGAAGAAGGCGCAGCAGCCAUGGCGGCGGUGGCGGCUCCGCGGGCCCCUCCGGCCGCGCCGCUGCUCGAGGCGCUCUCGGCGCUCUCGGCGCUGCCCCCGCACCGCGGGGCCCUCCCGGGGAUCGUCCGGGGCCUCCGCGACAGCGCCGGGACCCAGGCCGCCCUCGGGGGUCUCCUCGGCGUCACCAACGCCCGCCUGGGCUCCAUGAAGACGCGCUUCGAGGGGCUGUGCCUGCUGUCCCUGCUGGUCAGCGAGAGCCCCAGCGAGGCCUUCCAGCAGCACUGCCUGGGCUGGCUCCGCCUCCUGCAGCACCUGCUCCAGUCGCAGGACCCCGCCCCCACGGUGGCCCUGGGGGUGUCGGUGCUGCGGGAGCUGCUGCGCUUCUCGGCGCAGCUGCCGGAGCUGGCGCGGGACAUCGGCACCAACCACAUCCCCGGCAUCCUCACCUCCCUGCUGGCCCUGCGGCCCGAGUGCGAGCUCUCCACGCUGGAGGGGAUCAAGUCCUGCCUCUCCUUCUACCCCGGCGCCUGCGGCUCCAUGAGGGGGAAGCUGGCGGCGCAUUUCCUGUCGCGCAUCGACAGCGAGAGCCCGCGGCUGCAGCAGGUGGGGACCCCCAGUUUGGGGGAAUUUGGGGGGA